AUGGGUUUUCUUUUAUUUCUCAACCUUUUCUCUCAACUUACAACCGAUUUUUCUCUCUCUUUACUUUCUUUUUUAUCUUUUCUUCGAUUCUAACCCGCUGGGCCUAUGAGGUCAAUUUCCAUGUCACUUUAUGGCAACCGGACGAUCUCUUUGAAUCAGUUCUUAAGUCGAUAAUUCUGUUAAUUGUCAAUCAAUUAAACUCUCUUGUUCUCUUAAAAAUAAAAUCUUCUCUCUCAUCUCUACACAAUUUUCACUUUUUCUGUUCUCUUUUAUCUUUCUCUUUCUUUCUAAUUGUUGAUUUAAUUUAAUCCCAGUUAAUUGUCUAUCGUGUCAUCGCCUAUUUGAUAGAAUCAAUAAUCUUCAAGUGUUGACAAUCGGUGACAUUAGAAUCAAAUUCUAGCGAUUGUCCAUUUUUCCUUCUCUUUGUGUUUUUUCUUCUAUUCUCUUUAUUUUGAAAGUUCUCACUUUUAAAAAUCAUGGAAGAAAUAAUUAAUCGUUUAAAUGGGAUAAAAAUAGCUGAAGGAUCGGAAGGAGUAACUUGUGUUGGAUCAGCUGAAAAAUUGGUUAAAUUAUCUUCGGAUAUAACUAAAAAUUUCAUCUCAUUGAAAGAUGAUGAAGAAAGGCAACAAUUAAGUGAACAAUUAGUUUCCUGUGGACUAAUCAAUCUAAUCACUGAUACUCUUAAUAAUGAAAAUAUAACAGUGACCCUUGAUGAUAAACGUAUUAUCUGUGAGAUGAUUGCAGAAUUAGCCAAACUUGAAAUAUGGAGAUUACCAUUAUCCAAUAUCAAUCUAUUCUCAAUAAUUGUAACAGUUUUAUCAUCAGAUGAAUAUGGAGCCAUUAAACAAGCAUGUCGAGCCAUUGGUAAUAUUUGCUAUGAUAAUGAUACUGGCCGUAGGUCAUUUAACCAGGUGAAUGGAAUUACCAGUCUAAUAAUACUGAUGAGAACUCUCAUUGAUUCCUCUGGUUCCAAUUUCGAUUCUGAUUGUUCAUCUGGAACCAGUGUGAGUUUAGGAGGAUCAUCUAAAGUUGAUGAAAUACUUUCCCUGGUCACUUCUUGUCUAUUUAAUGUAGUCAAUACUUUUGAUCAUGGACAUGAUAUUGCCCUGAGCUCUGGUCUAUUACCCAUUUUGUUGAAAAUUUUAAACAAUCGUGGUAAUGCAUUUGAAGAGACAAGCCUUUCGGCAACCUUUGUAUUACAAGCUCUUCCAGAAUCAGAGGUUGGACGGAAAUAUUUAAGUCAACCUAGAAAUUUAACCGAACUGAUUAACUUAGUUAACAUUAAUCGAGAUGAAGAUAUACUUUCAGCACUUUUGGACACUCUUUUGGUCAUAUCAGAGGAAGAUCGAGUUAAAAUUGCCCUAAUUACUCAAGGGUUACCUGUAAAAUUGAUCAAUAUGUUAAUUGAGGAAAAUCUGAGUAAAUCAAUUGAAAAGUUGAUCAUGAACAUUAUUUCAUCUUGUGUUCUCGAAGAUUCCUGUAUGGAAUUAUUGUUUGAUAAUGGAUCAGGUAUGUUAUACAAACAAUGCCUAAAAUGGAUUCAAGAAUCAACAUCAACAGAACAUCAUGUUCUUACCUCUGCCAUUCUAAUUCUUGGAAAUUUUGGCAGAACAGAUGUAAAUUCUUGUCAAAUUGUCAAAGAUUCGGGUCAUAAAGGUAUACUGUCCAUCUUGAGUCGUAACUCUGGACCUGAUGGGGAUUUCCAAUUGCAAUAUAGCUGCCUAGCAACUCUACGUAAUCUUACAAUCGCCGCUGAGAACAAGGAAAUCCUGUCCAAUCCGGAAACUCUUGAAAUUUUAAUCUCAAUGUCAACGGUCAAAGCUCAUCCAAUUGUUUUCAAGCUUCUUCAAUCUCUUCGGAUGUUGACCGAUUCUCGAGAGCAAGUGGCCACUCUCCUUGGUACUAAUGAAGAUUUACUCGAUAAAGUGAUUUCCUGGUCAAAAAUUGAUGACCAUUAUGGUGUAAAAGCUGAAGCUUCUCGCCUGUUAACUUGGAUUGUUAAAAAUUCCAAAUGUCGCCAAGUUGUGGACAAUAUCGUUCGACUUGAUGGACUUCGAGGAAUCAUUGAGAUGAUUUCAACAGGAUAUAAAUGUCGUAUCAUGCAAAAUGAAGCUUUCAUAGCGUUAAUCCUAAUGUUUGCCUCAACUGAUCCACAAUUAGAUGAUCGUCUUAUUGAUGGAGCUUUGGGUCGUUAUAUUCAUUUAUUUCUUGUCUCAACAUUCAAUUCGUCAACUUUAAUUCAAAAUGAAAUUCUAUCAAAUUUCAUUACACUUAUUCAAUUACUUUCAUCUCGUUCAAAGAACCUUAAAGCUCAUCUAGUUAAUCACAAGAUUCCAACUAAUUUAACAAAAAUCCCUCUCAAUGGUAACACCACAAUGAAUUCGAGGAUUAAUCAAGUUUUAACUCUCUUCCAAUAAUUAAUAUACAAAUGGAUGAUUAUUUGGAUUAAUUAACUAUGGACGAUUUAAUCUAAUGGACCCACAAAAAGUUGAAGAAAUAACAAAGAUAAUUUUUGGCACAAUUAACAUGACCAUCUCUUAAUUUGCAUCAUUCAUCAAUUACUUAAUUGUAAAUAAUUACUGAUAAUAUUACAUUGAGAUCUUCCCUUCGUUUGGAAACACACAAUUAACUAAUUAGCAGCCUGAGUAAAACUUCAAUGCUCAUGUGUUUGCAUUGAAAUUCAACAAUUUA